UCAUAUUCUUAUAAACAGACGAGCAUUUGCUAUUGUUGCAAAACAUCAUUCCUUUUUUCAGGAGCAUAGAAGAAGAAAUUGAAAGCUUCAGCAAAGAAAGAAAGAAAGAAAGAAAGAAAGAAAGAAAGAAAGAAAGAAAGAAAGAUCUCCGCCGGGGACCUUUUUGCGUUUGUGUGCAUACGACUGGCAACAUAACUAGCUUAUUUACAUUAAAUACGCCACAAGGUUACAGUGCAGAUCAACGUCAUUUUAUCGCUGAUUACUUCUCUUAAACGCUGGAGCUGUGACUGAUGCUUGGGACCCGCUGUCUUUUAACAUUUAUCUUGGAGUUUUUUGGGAGCGAAGAGACUUGAGAUAGUUAUUUGCGAAAUAAAAAAGGUGGUCCCUGGUAUGUCUAGAGGUGGGCACAUCUCAUCUCAGCUCAUAAAAGCUGCAUUGUGAAUUACUACAAAAACAGGAGAAAAGGAGACCAACUGUAUGUCAGCAAGGGGAAGUGGGACGCCCCUUUGGCAAUCCAUCAGUGCCAACUGAGCUCAGCUGCAUCCUUUGACUGGGUAUUUUCAAAACAGACUGACAGUCCUAAAACAAGUAUGCAGUUAGUUUGUUAAGAAUGGAAGAAACGAGUCUGUGCCUUGGAGUGUCUUCAGCAGUGCCUGAAGCGGACGCCUGUCUUAGCAGCAGUGUACUUAAUGGACAAUAUCCGAUAAGUCAGAAAUUGCACCAACUGACUACUCAGCUAGGUCAUGCUUUCCCUGAUCUGCAAAACAGACAGAUCCCUGAAGAAAAAGCUGCUACACCACUGGAUGAAAAGAGCCACCUGGCAAUGGCCAGCCAACCCAUAAGCAGUCAAAUGGCUUUGCUAGCCAACCAGCUCAACCGAGAUAUCGAUGCCAGUCUCAGUAUGAAUGGCAGGGUGGAUCUGCAGCAGUUCCUAAAUGGACAGAACUUGGGCAUUAUGUCUCAAAUGAAUGACAUUGAAGAUGAUGCCAGAAAGAACAGAAAGUACCCUUGCCCUCUUUGUGGAAAACGUUUUCGUUUUAACAGUAUUCUGUCCCUACACAUGCGCACCCACACUGGGGAGAAACCCUUCAAGUGUCCAUACUGCGAUCAUCGGGCUGCCCAGAAAGGCAACCUGAAGAUCCACCUUCGUACUCAUAAAUUGGGUAACUUGGGAAAAGGACGCGGAAGGGUGCGUGAAGAGAACCGUCUUCUUCAUGAACUUGAAGAGAGAGCAAUCCUAAGAGAUAAGCAGAUGAAGAACAGCCUCCUUCAUCUUAGGCCUGACCUGAAGCAACUGUCCCAGCCGCUACAACAGCAACACCAGCUGCAGCCCAUGCAGACUUCACAUCAACAACAACAGCAGCAGCUCCACCACCAGAUCCCUAUCACACCCUGCACCCUUCCAGCACCCACAAGCCAUAACAGCUCUGAGAGCUCAUCCCAUCCAACUCCUUCUCCUAAGCCUGCAGGCAUCCAGGAAGAACUGGCAGCCCAGCCCACUGGCUUUCGCUGCACCUUUUGCAAAGGGAAGUUUAAGAAACGUGAGGAGCUCGACCGCCACAUCAGGAUAUUGCACAAACCUUAUAAGUGUACCCUGUGUGACUUUGCAGCUUCACAGGAGGAGGAUCUAAUCAGUCAUGUCGAGAAGGCGCAUAUCACAGCCGAGUCCGCACAGGGUCAGGGCUGCAGUGGAAAUGGAGAAAAGCCUGCAAAUGAAUUUCGCUGUGAGGUGUGUGGUCAGGUCUUUAGUCAAGCCUGGUUUCUGAAAGGUCAUAUGAGAAAGCACAAGGAUUCCUUUGAGCACUGUUGUCAGAUUUGUGGGAGGCGCUUUAAGGAACCUUGGUUCCUCAAGAAUCACAUGAAAGUUCACCUGAAUAAGUUAUCUAUUAAGAAUAAAUCUUCCACAGACUCUGAGGUGCCUGUAUCUAUGAACAGCAUGGCACAGGAAGCACAUGCAAACCUGUACUCGCGGUAUAUAUCGUGCCUACAAAGUGGGUUCCUGUCACCUGACAAAGCAGGAUUGAGUGAGCAGAAUCAGAUUCUAAGCAAGGCAGGGAUUGCCAUGAAAGAGAAAGAGAUGAUUGGGAAACUUCUGGCACCGGUUAACAGUGUGGGCCACAGUUUGCCUGAAGGGGAAAAGCGGUCAUUGCUAGGCUGCUUGAAUUUGGUACCUCCUUUAAAGUCAAGCUGCAUGGAACGUUUGCAGGCAGCUGCCAAGGUGGCUGAAAUGGACCCACUUAACAGUUACCAGGCUUGGCAAAUCAUGGCAAGAGGUAUGGCUAUGGAUCAGGCCUUCCUGCCUAAAGAGCAACACCAUGGACAGCAUGGCCAGGAAGAGAGUCUAACAAAUUCUGGUGUUGCAUUUGCAAAAGAAAAACGUGACUACUUACUGAUGGCAGCUGAUAGUUCCAAGCAGAAGCUACACCCUGAUGCUCUUCAGUGUGCUAAAAGUGCUAACCUGCUCUCCUGCAAAGACGACCCUUUAGACAGCAGCAGGGACUUCAUGUCCCACAACUUAGGUCAGAGCCUUGAAUUCAGUAUUGCUAACAUUAAAGAGAAGCCCACUGAGUGUCCUGAUUGUGGAAGAGUGUUUAGAACUUACCACCAAGUGGUUGUCCAUUCCCGAGUGCACAAAAGGGACCGAAAGCCAGGUGAAGAAGGUAUCCAUGGGUGCCUAGAUGAGCGAAGAGGUUCAUCAAGUGAUCCAGAGUCACAGUCAAUCAGCCGAUCAACAACUCCCGGAUCCUCUAAUAUCACUGAGGAGAGCGGAGUUGGAGGAGGACUGUCACAGACAGGAAGUGCCCAGGAAGACAGCCCACAUCCUUCCUCACCAUCCUCAGAUGCCGGGGAAGACAUGGGCAAGCAAACUGGAGUCCAGCAGCCUUCUCUUGUCAGAGACAGAGGCCUGGGAUCAGCCAUGAAGGACUGUCCCUAUUGCGGAAAAACCUUCCGAACAUCACAUCACCUGAAGGUCCAUCUGAGGAUACACACAGGGGAGAAGCCAUAUAAAUGCCCGCACUGUGAUUACGCCGGCACUCAGUCAGCUUCCCUCAAAUAUCACCUGGAGCGUCAUCACCGGGAAAGGCAGAAUGGAGGUGGGCCUCUAACUGGACAUCCUCCAGAUCACAAGGAGGACCACUCAACCAACAAAAGCUCCGUCUUUAUUAGACCAGACAUCCUGAGAGGCGUCUUUAAAACGAUGCCAAAUGUUGACUUCAGGGGAAACCAGCUGCUUCCUCACCAGUGGGCAUCAGGGAUGCUUUCUAUGAGAGAGCGGCAUGGGCAGUGCACUAGCAUGUCCUCUGAUUCUGUGUCUGAAGGCCUCAAGAUCUCAGAGACCAUAACAGAAGGUGCUUCCAGUUUUUCUGAUUUAGGAAGGGCUUACCAGAGCAUGAUAGGCAAUGGGGCCAACUUUCAAGGUUCCCUGCAGGCCUUCAUGGACAAUUUUGUGCUUAGUUCAUUAAAAAAAGAAAAAGACAUUAGGGAGAAGCAUUUUAGUGAAAGUGUGGAGUCAAAAAUCAAGAGAGUAGAAAGCAGUGAAGAAAAGCAAGAUAUGAAGUCCUGUGAUGAGAAACCUGAAAAAUCUCAAUAUGAACCACUAGAUCUCUCUGUUAGGCCAGAUACCGCAGCUCUUCCAGGCUCUUCUGUUACAAUUCAUGAUAACAUAGCUUGGCAUGGCUGCUUGUUCUGUUCCUUCACAACUUCCUCGAUGGAACUGAUGGCUCUACAUCUUCAGGCCAAUCAUCUUGGUAAAGCAAAACGUAAAGAUAGUGUCUUGGACAUUGCAAUGAUGAGCAAAGAACAAACUGAGGAGCCUUCUGUAUCUAACAAAGUUUCCUUGGCAUCCAGUGCCAUUCAGACUGCUAAAGAAACUGUAGUCUCUAAAGCAGUUUCCAGUGAGAACAAGGUGACUCAACAUGAGCUAAGCAAAGACACUUUAGUAGAACAGAAGAGUUCACCUUGGUCAAAUCAUUUGGAUGCCAAUGUAAGCAGCCUUCAGAAUGACUUUUUCAAACAGUUUAGUGCAUAUGCUACAGCAUCCAGUGGAACAAGGCCUAAUGGGUCCAGCAGUGUUACUCAUGAUUCUGAGCAAUUAAUUCAGUCCUCUGAUAAAAUGAAUUCGAUACACACAAGCUUAUCUAGCAGCGCACCAGAAGAACUUUCUGACAAAGUCUCUAGUGGUGACAUUGAAGCUUCAGAGGAACAAGACCCUUCCGAUGAAGAUAUAGAACUUGCAGAUCACAGUAAUAAUGAGUCUGCCAAUGAGAAACAGGAAAGUGAUGAUGAUGAUGAUGAUGAUGAGGAGGAGGAGGAGGAUGAGGAGGAGGAGGAGGAGGAGGAUGAGGAGGAGGAAAAAGAUGACAGAGAUGAGGAAAGCAUGGACCCAAUGCAAAGUAUCACUGUCACUAAAGACUCACAUGGUGCAACAGCCUCAGUGCCACAUCUUCUGGACAAGCAUUGGCAAGGCUUAAAUCUUCUUUCAUCUCAAGGUGUUCCUCCAGGUGUGAUGAAGUCAGAACAGGCACAUCUUGAGCAGCAGAUGAACGUGCUCUCUGUCUUGAGGGCAUACAGCACUGAAAACCUUGCAGCAUUCAAUGGUCUUGGAAACAGCCCAAGUGCCACCAGUGCACUCAAGAGAUCCGAUAUGCCUGUUCAUCCAUGGUUAAGAGAGGAGGAACUGCCUAGAGAUCAGCCUCAAGAAUGUAACAUAGAUGUUCUGAAAGAAAAUUAAGAGGAUUGACUUAAGAAGUACUGCAGUAUUGAGAAAUGGAAGAAAAGUAGCAUCUUGGAACAUGAUGUUCAUCUCGAGGAAUCUCCUCUUGUGAUGGAAUGAACUGUUUUUGUUUUGUUUUUUUUGUUUUUUUGAGAAAGCAAAAGAAAAAUAAUCAGACACUUCAUCCUUCAUGGCUGAAUGUGAUAGCGAUACAGCAAAAGACUGUAAUCAAUGCUUAAAGCUGCAGUGUCCCAGUCUUGUGCGCAGCUCCACUGAAAGUUCAUUAUCUUCCUUCAUUAGGAUGCUGAUGUUCAGUCAGUAGCUCUUAGAGGAGUUUGGCAACCUGGACAUGUUUGGUUUUAUUUAAGCACGCCAUGAAGCAGCAUUUUUGCCAAAUUGAAGCAUGUUCCCAUACAGUAAACUUUCUAUAAAAAAAUGUGGUGAUCAAUUUGGCUGUUUCUUGUCAUUUCCAUUUCCUCACAAUAAAGUCGCUGCAAGCAAAUUACUGAUAGUGCUGGCUGUCACCGGCACUAUAUAAGUAAGACUUAUUGUGUCAUUUUGUAUUCCUGUUGCCUAACUCCAGCUGGAGUUAAGACCCAAGUGCAUAAACAAUCACAGUUAACCAGAAGUUUUCUAAUACUUUGCAUAUUCACUCUAAAGCUGCUUCCAUAGACAUGAAUGUAUCCAGACGGUUUUGGUUGCCUCUCUAUUCAUAUAUUUUGAAUUGAAGGCUGAUGCUUUCCUAAGAGUCUUUAAAGACGGUAUCUCUCACAAAUAAUUUUUUCUGAACACUUUUGUAAAAUACAUAAAAUCCAAAUUUCUUUAGAUACUCAGCAGAUAGUAUAUGGCUUGAGCUUAUGAACAAGCUCAGAAUAGUUUAUAAUGGGUAAAGGACACUGCAGCUUUAAAAUGUUAAGCUUGUUGUUCUGCCAGUUUUGGAAAAUGUUGGCUAUUGCACAAAAUUGGGAUAAUCUUCCUUAUUAAAAUUAUAAAAAAAAAAUAAAUGAAACUCAUCCAUAUGCAUAUAGUGAGAGCCAAGAAAAGGCAACUGAAAUAUCUCAAAAAAAGGCACCCACACUUUUGAUCGGUUCUUGCUAAUUCAUUUAACGGUGCUCCUAGGCUAAGGACUGACUUUCUCAGUGACAGAGAAAGACUGAUGUUGAUUUAAUUCUGGUACAGCUUUUUUUCUUUGUUUUAUGAAAAUUAGUAAAAAAAAAAAAAUCACCAUGGUGUCUUCUUUGAUAUUUUGGUCACCUUGUCAACGGGUUGUUUUGAAUAUGUCAUCUUUAUUGAAUAGGCAUGGCCUUUUGUGUGUCAUCAUUCUUUGUUUUGUCGCUUUCUCCUUUUGUAUUACGAUUCAAGUCACUUAGUAUAAUUUGUGAUUUAGACUUUUCACAGACAUAUAUGAGAAUGCUGUCUCCCAAUGCCAUUAUUUUGCAGCCCUUUACCAUAUACAGUAUGAAUUUUUAGAUUUCCUAACUUUUUAAAUUCAAUAAUAGGAAUGAUAUAGAAAGCAAAGGUUAUUCAUUUUAUACAUUUUUGUGUAAAUUGUAUCUAGGUUAUUUUAUAGAAAACUCAUAUGUUAUAUGACUAUUAAUUUAUUAAUUAACAGUUGCAACUCCGUUGUAAAAGCAGAUUCCAUCCGGUAGUUUUAAAGACUGCUUAUCGUGUUAAAAGUCUUUUUAGGUUUGCACACUUCCCCAGUUGUCUCUUAUUUAUAUACUGUUUAUCAGACAUUUAUUACUUAUAGUCAAACACUGACACUAAAGUCCCAAUAAAUAUAAGAAAACCCUCUCUCUAGACAUGUGCCUUGGCCUUGAACUACAAAAAUGCAUGGGCCUUCUGUCCGAGAGUCAGAGUACUAAGAUGAACAAGCAGAGAGUUUGCCACCAUUCCACAACCACCUCCAGUUCUAUCUGCCAUCAUCUUCAAUUUCCAAAGAAUCAGCGGAAAUUCAAAAUCAGACGUCAUAUCUAAAGGUAUUUCAAACUAAUGUGUAUAGUGUUUGUACAAUGUUCAGCUUAUAUUUGUCUGUAUAUACCUAAAUAUUUGCUUUAAUCAUCCUUGCAGCGUUCAUUGUCAUAGCAUGCCCUGGAGCUAUAACUGUUAAAGCUAAAGCAAUAUGAGCACAAUACGUUGUCUAAAAUUGUAAGAUUGCUGUUUAUGUGCAAGUUUUAACCCCAAGGCCAGGUCAAGUGUAGCUAUUGCAGAUCCAGAAGACCUCAUCUUAAGUCUGUAACACUUUCCCCAUUUUAUCUUCAAGAUAGGUAUAUAUUUUAUCAUGGAAGAGUCCUAGGGUGACCCCGGUUGUCACUUUCAGACUGUUUAUUACAUAGUCUUGAACAGAGUAUCCUAAAUCCCCUCAUACAUUUACAUUCAACAGCUUGUCACAAAGAUGCAGCAGUAAUCUGCAUUUCCCAUUAUGAUCACUAUCAGGAUUGGCUGCUACUAUAGCUAAAUACUUCCUACCUUUUCUUAUAUGUAUGCCCUCAGAUGACAAGAUAGAAUACCCAAACAAGGAGGAGAUAAAGUUAACAUUUUUCUUAAUGCAUUAUAGAAUAAUAUUCUCUAACUUAAAUCUUCUAAUGUGCCUAAAACAGAAGCAAAGUUAAUUGAGUGUGACGAAUUACCAACACAACUUGGAUAGACAGUUGCUCUUCUUCCUAGGAUUCUAUGCAGCCAGUUUGCCUAGAUCGUCAGGUCGCUACUUAUAGUAAGCUGAUUAGUUUCUGAUUUGGCAUGGUCACUGGAUGAAAUGAUGGCAAGAGAGAGAACUUGAGUUUCUAUGUUACUGAAUUAAUGCCAUGCUUGUGCUUCCCUGAUGCAUCUCUUGAACGUAUGGGACAUCGUAGAGUUGGAUCCAGCUACUCUCUCAUAUUCAGGCCUUGUGCCCGUUGACUAAUCCUUGCUUUAAAUCUUCUACCAACUCACCGUUAGCUGCUGAUCUGGCAUAAGUAACCUGUGCCAAAGGUGAGUCCAGUAAAGAUAUUUUUAACAUAAGGAUGGAUUUUUGCUUGUCUGCCUCCAAAAUAUUUUCUCUGCAUGCUACAGCUUUGCAGACCUGGUAACCUAGACAAUGAUCUCCAUUAUCGCUGUUAUGGGGUCUAAUGUGUAGAAGUGUUUUUGGGACAUGAUUUUUCUUUUUGAGAAUACAGUGCUAGGCAUCUUACUAAAACAUGUUCUGAGUUUUAAAUCUCAAGUCAUGUACUGCAUUCAUUAAAUUGUUUUGUCUCAGCCAUUACUGAUCUCACCAGCUUACCUCAAAAUGGAGCUUAGCUUCAUAGUAAUAACUUCAGAAUCCAAUGAAAGUGAAAAGGAGCAAAUAAACUACAAAAUUAAAAGUGCAAUAUUCUUAUUGGUUAAUUGAAAUCUUUUAGUCACAAACAAACAAUCCAGCUUCCACACUGUUUGGUGCCAUAGCAUCUCUGCCGAAGCACUUGCUUUUAUGAUGACUGUCACUUAAAAUAAAUAAGCCCUACUUCCUAUAAGCUGUAAACUUAUUUAAUGGCUUAAGUACUGAAUUAGUGGUAGCAACAUCUGGGCCAAGCAACAUACUGUGGAGCAAAUCUAAAUAUACUGACAGCAAAUACCACCACACUGGCUGCACAGCCAGCUCAAUCCAGUUAUCCCAGAAUUUUGUUCUGUUCUGCAUGAGAAUGGCAAAUCAGAAACUUACCGUGGUUUGUUUCUCAUUUAAACACAAAGAAAUGAAACCUGUCUUAGUCAGUUAAAAUUGAUGAAACUGUUAAAUUUACAUUAUCUUGAUAUAUUACAGAUUUGGCAGGUGGAGGUUAGUGCAUGUGCCUUAUUGAUCCAGCAUCCUGGGUUUAAGUCCAGUGUCUUCUCGUUGUCUGUGUGCAGUUUGCAUGUUCUCGCCAAGUCUCCAUGGGUGCUUUUCUUCAGAAACUGAGAUUUUUCUCCCUCCUUUUCAAACACUAUGAUUCUAAAGUCAUAUUUGUAUGUUUUUGGGUUUUAAUGCCUCAGAAGGUGCAGUUAACUGUCUUCAUUGGAGCCAGGAUUGCAUUAAUCAGGCAUGGGCAGUGUAGCCGAGCUCGUGAGAAAUGUGGUCAGCUGCACAGUAUCUGGUUGUAAAUGUGCCAGUAGUCCAUGAAAGCUGAAAGGUUUGCAGUCUGCAAGCUCAUCUGAUGGACAAAAUAGUGAAUCCACUAAAUAAUACUUCAUUGUUUUAUUUCAGUAUUGUGCUUUUGUGUUGCUUAUUGCUCACAUAAAUGGCAACUGACAGCUUUUCAGUAGCUAAUGCAAAUUUUUUUUCUUAAGCGUAUUUAGUUGUGUUUUAAUUACAACUAAUGAAAACACCAUUGAUUUGCUUCUAAACCACUGCUUUACUUCUGCGUAAACCAACAUUGCUAAUUUUCCUAGCUGAUUACUCACUGAUUAAGAUUUCAGACUUUUUUUAGCGUUCAUUGUCAUUUUUCUAUCCAUAUGCAAUUCCUUUAUGGUUUAUUAUCCCAUGGGUGAUCAGUCAAUGCAGCAGCACUUAGAUUCAGACUUAUUUCUAUGAUUAUUCUGCAAUGUGUCACUUUUGGGUGAAGUGCAUGGCAAUGUGUAAAACAUAGACUUUCCUUGAGUUUAAAGAUUGAUCUUGGUUUGCAGACUUUUUUCUGGUAAAAAAAUGUGUUUCUUUGAGCAGGCACCAUAACUACUGAUUUGCCAUUUUUGUCCAAAAUGUGGCUGUGUCACUCAUCAGACUGAUGCAUAACACUGUACACAUGUACAAGUUAAAAGGACAUUGGCCUGCUUAACCACAUCUCAAAACACUCUGCGGGAAAUGGCUACUUGUACAUAUCCCUGAAAAUAAAUACUGAACAUUACUGACACCUUUAUAGUCAAGCAGCAACAAGACGUCAACAGAAAAGGCAUAAUAAAAUAUGAAUUUGAUUCAAAUCACUCUGAAAGGAAAUCAAAUAAAACCCAUAUACAUUUAAAAAAUAUAAUGCAUUACAAUAAAGAGGAUUUCAACGUCAAAUAGCAGAUUUGCUGCAAACUUGUAUGUAAAUAGAAGCAGAUCUUUUUUUGUUAUUUCCGUGCUUACGUUACAGACCAUAAUAUUUUGCGUUUUACACCUUCAAAGAGAAUGGCCAUUUUAAUAACACAUAAUCUUUAAAGAUCAACAGCUCUCAUCCUCCAUUAUCUAAACCACCAUGAGUUCAGGGUUGUAGGGACCAUUGGCUCUCCUGACAGUACUUAAUACAGAGCAAAAAGCACAUAAAUAACAUGCCACGAUCAGAUCCAUUUGAGAAAGACCCUGUGUUUAAAGUCGGCUGGCAUUUCCCCGUUCAUGCCUUAUGAGUACCAGUAGUCGAUGUAUAUUGACUGGUGAGUACAGUAAUUUCGGACCACAUUAACUCUUAUAACAAAAAUACGCCCAUUUGCUCUUCCAAGGAGAAGAGCUCUCCCGCUUUUUGAUAUAAAUUGUGCAUAUCACUGCACUUUUAGAUCCCUGAGGGGAUAACCUACCCCACCAUUAUUCAACGCACAUAAAAAGGAGAAAUGGCAGUUUUUUUCUCACUUCAGGCACUGGGUAAAAUUAUUAUUACCAGAGGACUAAAAUUACAGAGGUCAUUUGGUAAUAAUUACUUUACUCCAACUCCUGGUGUAAACUAAUCCCAUUGGAAUAGAGCCUAAUAUGCACAGUAAGUUCUAAAGUUAUAAUGUUCUAUAUUAUAUAUCAGUAAGUAACAGAAUCUGUUUUAACAACUAACACCAUAUUAUUUGAUAAAGCAGGAGAUCUGUUUGAUAUCAAAAUUAAUUUGAAUCAAUCCCACAUAAAUUGCUCAGUAGGUGCAAAAUAAUUCGUUUCGUAGAGUUAUGAUGUUGAAUUUGAUAACUGAAAGGGAGGGUCAUGCACAACGAGUGCAAGUAGGGCUAUAAAAAUGUUUGAAUGACAACUGAUAAUAAUUCCUCUUAGAUUAUCAACUGUCUGCAAACACAUACCUGUAUAUUUUGCGAUUGACUACUAAAAAAAAUCGGGAGUGGUUUCCCCUAGACUUUCUCAUAUACUCAGAUAUAGGAAUGGAUAAUCGAGGAGUAAACAGCAAGACAAUACUUAUAUUUUUAUAUUAUGUACAUUAAAGAACCAUCAACAACAAAUCAAAACAGAUUAUUACUAUAUUGAACGAUUAUUAUAAAAGUAAAGUUGCAUAAAUCGGACACUGUAGCUACAUGAAUAAAAGGUAAAGUACCACUUCCGGU